CAGAAAAUCUUUAUCGUUAUCUACUGAGUUCAGCAGUGUGCCGAUCGUCGCCUACGUUCCGUUUCCGUUGCAUUGCCAACGCGUUGACGCCGUCCAACGUUUCGCGUCCGUUGACUGCCAUUGUCUCGCCCAGUCGACAUCGUCCCGAUUUCCGUACGUGCAACGCAGCAAUCGUCGUAGGACGGUCACAGUAGCCUGAGCUUGUAGCGUCCCACACGGCCGAAACGGGUGCAAGUGAGACGUACGAGUGUACGCACGGCAGAACGCACCCACACUUGCCGGUCGUUCGUCGUCGACAUCCCAAGAGACGAAUCACGCUUGUGGUCAGUGAAACUAGCGGCCCUCACAAUGGAGGCGUUGAUCCCGGUCAUCAACCGACUGCAAGACGUUUUCAACACCGUUGGCUACGAUGCCAUACAGCUCCCACAAAUCGUUGUAGUCGGAUCUCAGAGUUCCGGUAAAAGCUCAGUUAUAGAAAGUAUUGUUGGUCGAUCUUUCUUACCCAGAGGCAUUGGAAUUGUCACUAGAUGUCCUUUAAUUCUACAACUAGUCAAUUGCCCUCUUAAUGACAAAGAACACAGAAGUGCUGAACAUGGUACAAUAAAUUUGGAGGAAUGGGGUGAAUUUCUUCAUUGUAAAUCAAAGAUUUUCAAAGAUUUUAAUGAAAUUCGAGAAGAAAUUCAAGCUGAGACAAAUAGAGUUGCUGGCAGCAAUAAAGGAAUAUGCCCUGAACCAAUUAGUCUUAAAAUAUACUCCAUACACGUGUUAAAUUUAUCACUCGUGGACUUACCUGGAAUAACCAAAGUUCCUGUGGGUGAUCAACCGGAAGAUAUUGAAAUUCAAGUAAAAAAUUUGGUUAUAAAGUAUAUUCAAAAUCCAAAUUCAAUCAUUUUAGCAGUAAGCACUGCUAAUACAGAUAUGUCAACUAGUGAAAGUUUAAAAUUAGCUAAAGAAGUAGAUCCAGAAGGAAAAAGAACCUUAGCAGUGAUUACAAAACUUGAUUUAAUGGAUGCUGGUACAGAUGCUGUUGAUAUACUAUGUGGACGUGUAAUUCCCGUAAAACUUGGUAUAAUUGGUGUUGUGAAUCGAUCACAACAAGAUAUUAAUGACAAUAAAUCAAUAUCUGAUGCGCUUAAAGAUGAAUCUAUGUUCUUACAAAGGAAAUACCCUUCAUUGGCUAAUAGAAAUGGUACUCCAUAUUUGACCAAAGCACUCAACAGGCUUUUAAUGCACCAUAUUCGAGAUUGUUUGCCAAACUUAAAGACUAGAGUGAACGUAAUGGUUUCACAAUUUCAAUCACUGUUGUAUUCAUUUGGUGAUGAUGUGUCUGAUAAGAGCCAAACGCUGUUACAAAUCAUAACGAAGUUUGCUGCCGCAUAUUGUUCCACAAUUGAUGGUACCUCCAAAAAUAUUGAAACGACUGAAUUAUGCGGUGGCGCUCGUAUAUGUUAUAUAUUUCAUGAGACAUUUGGCAAGGUCUUAGAUUCCAUUCAUCCACUAACUGGAUUAUCUAAAAUGGACGUGUUAACUGCCAUACGAAAUGCAACAGGACCUAGACCAGCAUUGUUUGUUCCAGAAGUAUCUUUUGAAUUAUUAGUGAAAAGGCAAAUCCGUCGGUUAGAAGAACCAUCAUUGCGAUGUGUAGAACUUGUACACGAGGAAAUGCAACGCAUGAUCCAACACUGUGGUAUAGAGUCCCAACAAGAAAUGAUCCGUUUUCCUAAACUUCACGAAAGUAUUGUAGACGUAGUAACACAACUACUGCGCAGACGUUUGCCAACAACCAACUCAAUGGUUGAAAACUUGGUAGCCAUUGAACUGGCUUACAUUAACACUAAACACCCAGAUUUCCAUAGAGAUGCAGAACUUGUAUCGCUGAUGAUGAAAAGUGCUGAAGAAGACGAAUAUUCAAGACAACGUACAUUGAGAAAAUUCAAUGUUAACAAUUCUAUAGAUAAUACUAGCACUGGAUCAUUGAAAAAAACGCCGAAACAUCAACCAGACAUGAGCAAUGAAAUAAAUUCGGUUGAAUCUUCUCCAGCCACAACACCGGUGCACCAAAUGAAUGAUCUAUCCUCUACUGUAGCCAAUAGCUUCAACAGUAUAGACUUACAAAGUCCAUCUAACAGAAACCUAUCUGAGAAGGAGCUACGUGAUUGCGAUGUUAUUGAAAGGUUGAUCAAAUCAUAUUUCUACAUUGUAAGAAAAUCGAUUCAAGAUAGUGUUCCAAAGGCUAUAAUGCACUUUUUGGUAAAUUUUGUGAAAAACAAUUUGCAAUCUGAACUAGUCACCCAUUUAUACAAAUCCGAACAAGUAGAAGAGUUACUUAAUGAAUCUGUUCAUAUAUCAAACCGUAGGAAAGAUGCUGUUGAUAUGCUUAAAGCUUUGCAAAACGCCAAUCAUAUCAUAAGUGAAAUCCGCGAAGUUCAUGUCUGGUAAAUAUAGAGACUUGAAGUUUUGAAGUUUUGCGUAGUGUAUAGUAUAUAAAUUAAUUUCCAAUCUGUACAUCAUUACAAGUUCUUUACUAUUAUGAAAUGUAAACUACGGACCAGAAUAAUCCAAAAAUGUGUAGUAGUUCCAUUAGUAUACCACUUAUUUUAAUAUGCCCAAAUACAUGACAUUCAGUAAUUACGAUAUAUGUAUAUUAAAUGUAAAAAAAUCUCUUCUUAAUGCCUUUUUCUGCUUGGUAUUUAAAAGAAUUAAUGAAGAUUGAUUAA